UAAAUCCAAGCACCCGACAAGAGCCUCCACUGUUGCCAUAGUUACCAAAUAAACUGACUUGAGGCAGGUCACAAGCCAUUGUCACCUUUUGCAAAGGUGACGUUAUCGGAGAUAAGAGAACAGGUUGUCUCCUGAAGCUUUUGAUUUCAAACUAUAAAUUAAUUAUUAAAUAAACAAUAAGGACAAGGAUGGAAACAAAAAACACGCGGACAAUUUUCCCUUGGUACAAGGAGAGGUUGCAGACCAAGUAUCAUAAAGCCCCAGCAAACAAGAUGGCCGUGAUUGGUAGUGUCUCGUCAGUCUUAUCCGGGGAGAGAGGUGUCUCACCAGUCAUUUUUCAUGACACUCCAAACCAGAAGUCCAGCAUAACAAGUCAAAAGCAUAAAAAGUGCAUCUCUAAAGAACAUGCUUGCUUUUCAAAACAGAUGACCCAAAAGCAGAUUCGCAGGGAAUACGUGGCUGCUGUUGAGGCAAAACUCAAACAGCAUCCUCUGGCUAUGUACCCACACUAUAAGGAUCAUUUGACCCCAGAUUUAUUUGAUAAGGUGUUAUCCGUUCUGUACCCAGACAUGAGCGUUAACAGUGCCUCUGCACUUCCUACGCUUACAGGAGAUGAUGUGGAGGUGGAAGACGAGGAAGAGCCAAGUCUGGAAGAAGUAAACUGGCAAAAGCAAGUAAACUGGCAAUUUGAUGUGUAGUAUCAUUAUAAAUCUGAAGAUCCAUCCAACAAAUAAACACGAUUCUGUCUGUGAUGCCGCUACUUAUUACUUCUCAAUUGUUUUACAGCAGUACGAAUGGCCAAAACCAAAGUCCCAGAAACCCCUAUAUUUUAAAAAUGAAUGGAAAAUGUAUAAAGAAAGGCCAACAAGUGAAUCAACUGAGCACAAAGAAGGACAUGAUGUAGCCACCAAACCUUCCAGCAGACAGUUUGCCUCUCCGGACGGAGAGACAAAUGUUACUGAAUCUGCAGUACUGAGCCUUUCAGACUCUUCUUCUCCUACUUUCCCCAUUAAAGUGGAUGACGCCAACAUUUUCAACAGUUUCAAAGGCCUCUAAGCUAAAUGAAGCACACGAAAAAUAAUUUCACACAUUCUUAAACCCACAAAUCAAAACACAAUUUGUGAAGGCUACUGAUUAGAAAAAUCCAAUGCACGUACAGUAAAACACUUCGUCAUGUCCAAAAAUGCUCUUCAACCCCACACUGUAAAAAAAAAAAGAGGAAUUUUGAAUUCUUUGUUUUAGUUUACAAGGAAACAUGUACAAUUAGGCAAUGUGUAUAAGCAGAGGGGGGGUCAGAGGUUUCAUGAUAACUGAUGCC